AUGGCGCACGGACUUUUUAGUAGUUCAUUACCUGUAGAUGAUAAUCCAAUUAUUCAAACACGUCGAAAUUCACAUACUGGUCCAAUUGCAAUGAUGCGUCGUGCAUCACGACAAGGAAGCAUCGGUCAAGCACAUAUUCAUACAAUAUUUAUGAAUGAAGCUUUAGCUGAAGCACGUGCUAGUCUUGCUGAAGGUGGUAUACCAGUAGGAUGUGUUCUUGUUCGAAAUGGUCAUGUUAUUGCACGUGGACGUAAUCGUCGUAUUCAACUUAGUUCACCUAUUUUACAUGCUGAAAUGACUUGUCUCGAAGCUGCUGGUCGACAACCUGCAUCAUUUUAUCAUGACUGUACACUCUAUACAACUUUUUCACCAUGUUCAAUGUGUGCAGGUGCGAUUCGUUUUUAUGGUAUUCCUCGAGUCGUUAUUGGUGAUAACAAAAUAUAUCAUGGAGAUGAAGCCUUACUUCGAGCAAGUAAUAUACAUGUUGAUGUACUUGAUUGUACUGAAUGUCAUGAAAUAUUGGAAAAUUUUAUUAAAGAACGUCCAUCAGUUUGGCAAGAAAACAUUGCUCAUACCGCACAUUAA